AUGCUUGGACUCCGAGGGAAACAUACCCGGGCGUUGAUCCUACUAACAGGGUUGAUCAUCGUCGUGUUCGCCUAUCGGCUUGUGCUCGAACUGUGGACCCGGCCGACCGUCGACGCCUUCGCCCUCCAAACCGAGAUCAACGAACGGAUCCAGCCGGUGUUCGAGCAGUUUGUCGAUCCCGUACCCAAAGUUAUCAGCACCAACGUCAAAUACCCUGAAUCGGCGCCACCCCGAUGGGGUCCGUUUGAUCCCCGCUUCACCUUUCUGGUGGUAUUGGACAAGUUGGCCAAGCAAGACGAGGCAGGUCAGCCACGCCGGCUCGAUGAGUUUCACUGGGCUGAUUACGUCAACGUCGACGCCCUCUUUGAGUACGGGCCCGCUCGGUGUUCGGAUUUUGACCAACGCACUCAUGAUGAGAAAAAGGAUAAGUACUGGCCCAUAUACGAUCCUGAGCGGUACUGCAUUGAUACCGAUGAACCUAUUGACAAGCAGGGACUUUUCAAACCAGGAUACCGCAUCAACUCCACCCUGGGCCGGUCAACCGAGGAAAUGAAACGAGUCCAGGGCAAAUCGUACCUUGUGUCGACCAUGCCCCCGCCCCAUCUGAUCAAUAUGAUGUUGGGACAACACAUGAUACGAGUGCCCGUGAAUCCUGAUGCCAAACGUGAACAGCUCAUCUAUACUCUUAGUGACGAAGAAUUGACUCGUGAACGUGAUUUGACGGAACAACUCAAUAAACUCAGAGAGGGGUUCCCUGAAGAUUACGGAUCGAUUCAAUACGAGAUACCACUCGAGCACAGUGAUUUCAUCGACCCGUCACUUCGACUUAUCGAGGAACUUGAAGCCAAGGAAGCUGAGUUGAACUCUUCAGACUACGCCUACUUGGAGGCUAUAAGAACUCAGCCAGAAUGGGCCCCUAAGCACUUCAGUGAACUGGUUAUUUUGAAAGACAUCCCCGGUUAUACGUAUGGGUCCCAUUAUGAUUGGCGGUUUUUCAAUGUUCUUUUAGGACCUCUGGUUCAGCAAGUAGUGCUUCGAGGUUUAGUUCAGUCCUGGCUCAAAUUCUGUCGUAUCAACGGGUUUCGCAGUUGGCUCGCUCAUGGCACCUUACUCUCAUGGUAUUGGAAUGCAGCACCUUUCCCUUGGGACAUCGAUGUUGACGUCCAAAUGCCCAUUGCUGACCUCCAUCGGUUGGCACGGAACUUCAAUGCCCUGAUGAUCGUUGAUUUUGGCCAAGAUCGUCCUCGUUAUGGCCGCUACUAUUUGGAUGUCGGCACUAGUCUCAACCAGCGAACUAAGGGCAAUGGGCUCAAUAACAUUGACGCUCGUUUCAUCGAUAUGGACACUGGAGCAUACAUUGACAUCACUGCAUUGGCAAAAACUCCCUUGAAACCUCCCAAAUCACAUCGUGGCAGAUUUCAAGACACUACAUAUAACUGUCGCAACAAUCACUUUGUGUCGCUUCAAGAAUUGAACCCGUUGCGGCUCACGUUGUACGAAGGCGAAUUGACCUAUGUGCCUCUGAACCCCCACUCAGUGCUCGCUGAGGAAUAUAAGGCGAAACUGAUGGAGGUUCGUGGGUUCAUGAACCAUGUCUACGUGCUGGCGUAUGGGUUAUGGGUGCCAGAAGAGACGUGGUCCGAAUUUGUUGAGGCUAUCCCUGAAGAACGGGAAGAUCUCGAUCACAUUAUCAGCAGCCGCAAAGACUACCUUCGCCUGCUUCACCCAGGGAUUAACGACGAAAGGCUCCAAAAGAAGCUUGACGAGAUGGCUUACCCAAUCUCGAAACUUCGUCUGGUUGACAAUUACGUUGAGUACUUAAGUUCUCAAUUCAACCUUUUACAAGCUUAUCUUGCCCAGUACAAUUUGACGCAUUUCCACACCAAAGAAAUGGAGUUGUUGAACAAGGGCUACCUGACACGGCAUAUGUAUUUUGAUGGCCAACACUUCCGCAAAGAGGUGACUACGUUGGGUAGGAAAUUGGGGUCUGACCAUUAUACCGUGCUCACAAACCUGGAUGGUACCGACUCUCUUGAGAACAAACUUGACCGAUUGAACCGUCUACUUGAUCGGUGGUCUAGCAUUGACUAA